UCCGUUUGCCGGCAUCCAGCAUGGCGGCCUCCUUGAAGCGGCUGCACCACAUCUCCCUGCACGUGUGUGACGCGGAGCGCGCGGCGGCGGCGCUGCUGUCCCAGCUCCAGUUCAGCGCGUUCGCCGCCAGACGGACCGCCGGAGCCCGGCAGCUCGCCUUCCGCAGAGGGGGGGCGGUGUUCCUGCUGACCGAGAGAGCGCGCUGCGGCGGCGGGGAGGAGGAGGGGCUCCGGGACCGGCUCGCGCGCUCGCAGCGGGAACAUGGCGGUCACGUGCUGUACGACGUGCGGCCGCACUACCCGGUGGACAGCGCGUGCAACGUGUGCUUCGAGGUCGAGGACGUGCAGAGGUGGGCGGAGUCGCUGCGCGCGCGGGGCUGCGAACUGCUCGUGCCGCCGACGCGCGUCCGUGACGACGGCGGUCUCGUGACCUACUCGGUCGUGAAGUCCAUCGUCGGCAACGUCUGCCACACGCUCGUGGACACGAGUCGGUACCGAGGGCCCUUCCUGCCCGGCUUCUGUGAGGUCGGGACCGGAGCGGAGGAGGAGGACACGCGGUGUCCCGUCACGCAUUUUGAUCACGUCACGUACGCGUGCCCGGCACACAGCACGGCCGCGGUGAUGCGCUGGUACGAGAAGAACUUCGGCUUCCAGAGGUUCUUCAUCAACAGGAACGAGGAUGCAGAGGAAGGCUACGUGUUGGAUCAGGACGGGAUCGGUCUGCGUCUGACCGCCAUGGAGUACUGGAAAUGCAGCGAGACGGGAAUCAAGCUCCCUUUCAAAGACAGAAAGGAACCAGAUUGCAAGUUCGUCAUUGCUGAACCUCUGCCUGAGCAGGGCAGGAAUCAGGUGGACACGUUUCUGGAGCAUCACGGCGGUCCGGGCAUCCAGCACAUCGGCCUGUCCACGCGGGACAUCGUGUCCACAGCACGCACCAUGGCCGACGCCGGCGUUCGGUUCGUCUCUCCUCCGGCAGCCUACUACACCGAGGUGGGGAAGCGGCAGGAGAUCGAGGAGGCGGGGCACGAUCCGAAAGCACUGAUGCAACACGGCAUCCUGUUAGACACAGAUCUUCGGGGGAAUGAUGAGGAUCUGAGCGCGUCUAAGAGGUACCUGCUGCAGGUGUUCAGCAAGCCCAUCUUCUCCGAGGACACGUUGUUCCUGGAGCUGAUCGAGCGCCGUGGAGCCACCGGGUUCGGAGAGGGGAACAUCCGAGCUUUGUGGAGAUCCGUUCAGUCGUACAUGGAGAAGAACGAGGACCAUCAGGAGCACUCAAACGUGAAAAGCAAACAAACGGGACAGCACUGAGCAAACACGUUGUCGGAUGAAUUAAAUGUUAAUUUAUGGCAGAUAUGCUUUCUAUUUAAAACGCUAGUACUUGACACUCCUGUAAAAAUGUGUGGUUUCCAGCUUAAGGACGAUCCGUAUCGUGAAAUACCGUAACCGAGGUCUUGAAAAUACUGACCAAGGCCUCUGGGCCGAGGUCAGUAUUUUCAAGGUCAUGGUAUUUCACGAUACGGAUCGACCUUAAGCUGGUAAAUUUUUUUUUUUGUUUGUUUGCAGUCCAAAUCCUGCGCACUGAUUGGCUGGCGAGCGGGUCCGUAUCCUAUGGUACGGACCCCAGUUACAGACCUCUGGUGACUCGUUCACAACAACAAACAUAGUAGCAAUUUUUUGUCAACGUUUUUCGCAUUUCUCAGGAGAACAGCAUUAAUUUUACAGCAUGGAUAGCGAUAACGACAGUGUUCACAGCGAAAGCGAGUUUUACUCCCCUGAGGAAGAAGAAAUAAAAGAAAACAUUUCAGGAGAAAGCUAAAAACCUCUAACUGUUGCUAACGCCGAGCAAAAACAUGGCUGAAUCCUGAAUGACUCCUAUUUGUAUAAAUAGGGGACUACAUAGGCAGCAAAAUGUAGUUUUUUUCCCUGCCAUGGAAGUGCACUUGUAUACCGAGGAGGAAGCCAUUUGCAUUACAGCCGUGAAUGAGGAUUCAAAAUGGCGGCUCGGCUCGGUUUUCCCUUUCGGGCGCUCUCGUUUUCUGUUAGAAUUUGGUAAAGAAAAAAAUAAAUAUAUUAUUUACCAGCUUAAGU